AAAUAUAUUAUUUUCAACGCCCUGCUCUCGUCCUCGCCCUCGCCCUCGCCCACGCCAUUGUGCUUGUGUUUGCGUGUGUGUGUGUGUGUGUUUUAGUCAAAAUGUCCGAGCUUUAAGAAUCCCGCAAAGCAUUGAAAAUUUACUCAAGAUAUCCACGAGCCAAAAACGCUCCAACCAAUAAAAGAAAUUUUUAAUACGGUUCUGCGAAAUGUACAAAAGUCGAAAAAUGCUGCUUCAGCCGCUUCUGCUGCUGCUGCUGCCGGCGCUGCUGCAGAGCGCGCAGCGCUACGAUCAGACACCGUUAGACGCCAGCUCGUAUUAUCGGUCCGACUUGACCGGCAGCUCGGCCAGCUCGCUGGACGGCUUUCCACAUCACAAUCGCUGCGAGCCCAUCACCAUAUCCAUAUGCAAGAAUAUACCCUAUAAUAUGACGAUAAUGCCCAAUCUGAUUGGCCACACCAAGCAGGAGGAGGCGGGCCUGGAGGUGCAUCAGUUUGCGCCGUUGGUCAAAAUCGGCUGCAGCGCCGAUCUACAGUUAUUUCUCUGCUCCCUCUAUGUGCCCGUCUGCACCAUACUGGAGCGUCCCAUUCCGCCCUGCCGCUCGCUCUGCGAAUCCGCGCGCGUCUGCGAGACCCUCAUGAAAACAUACAACUUCAAUUGGCCCGAGAAUCUCGAGUGCUCCAAGUUUCCCGUGCACGGCGGCGAGGAUCUCUGUGUCGCCGAGAACACCACCGCCUCCUCCUCCACCCCGGCGCCCACGCGCAGCGCACCCAAAGUGACCACGCGCAAGCAUCAGAUCAGCGUGGACAGCCCCCAUCGGAACAUAGGAUUCGUGUGCCCAGUGCAGCUGAAGACGCCUCUGGGCAUGGGCUAUGAGCUGAAAGUUGGCGGAAAGGAUCUGCAUGAUUGCGGCGCACCAUGUCACGCCAUGUUCUUUCCGGAACGGGAACGAACGGUGCUUCGCUAUUGGGUCGGCUCCUGGGCGGCUAUCUGUGUGGCCAGUUGUCUCUUUACGGUGCUCACCUUUCUGAUAGACUCGUCGCGUUUUCGUUAUCCGGAGCGUGCGAUUGUCUUUCUGGCCGUUUGCUAUCUGGUCGUCGGCUGUGCCUAUGUGGCCGGACUUGGUGCGGGCGAUUCAGUGUCGUGCCGUGAACCAUUUCCGCCGCCAGUGAAGCUGGGACGCCUGCAGAUGAUGUCCACCAUAACGCAGGGUCAUCGUCAGACCACCGCCUGCACCGUAUUAUUCAUGGCAUUGUAUUUCUGUUGUAUGGCCGCCUUUGCGUGGUGGUCGUGUUUGGCCUUUGCGUGGUUCCUGGCCGCUGGACUCAAAUGGGGCCACGAGGCAAUUGAAAAUAAAUCUCAUUUAUUCCAUUUGGUUGCCUGGGCGGUGCCCGCACUACAAACGAUAUCCGUUUUGGCACUGGCUAAAGUUGAAGGUGACAUCCUCUCGGGCGUGUGCUUUGUGGGCCAGCUGGACACGCAUUCGCUGGGCGGCUUUCUCAUAUUGCCGCUGUGCAUUUAUCUCUCGAUCGGCGCUCUCUUUCUGCUGGCCGGCUUCAUCUCGCUCUUUCGCAUACGCACUGUGAUGAAGACGGAUGGCAAGCGGACGGAUAAACUGGAGCGCCUGAUGCUGCGCAUCGGCUUCUUCUCGGGCCUGUUCAUACUGCCCGCCCUGGGUCUGCUGGGCUGCCUGUUCUACGAGUACUACAACUUUGACGAGUGGAUGAUUCAGUGGCAUCGCGACAUUUGCAAGCCAUUCUCCAUACCCUGUCCGGCUGCCCGGCCGCCGGGCACGCCAGAGGCGCGUCCGAUAUUCCAGAUAUAUAUGGUCAAGUAUCUGUGCUCCAUGCUGGUGGGCGUGACGUCCAGCGUGUGGCUGUACUCCAGCAAGACCAUGGUCAGCUGGCGAAACUUUGUGGAACGGCUCCAGGGCAAGGAGCCGCGCACACGGGCCCAAGCGUAUGUCUAGUAUGAGACGGCGGCGGCGGGGGCUGAAAUAGCGGCUAACGAGAGUUACUUAGCGUUUAGCACGUAAAUACUAGAGUCCACCCUGCCACAAGCGAACCACCCUGAACAUAAGAGCGCAGAUUUAGUCGUAGCUUAGCCUCAUGCAGUUUGUAUAAAGUUCAUCUCUACCCUGCAUUCGCAACCGCAACCGCACCCGCACCCGCACAUGCACCCACCCCCGCAAGCAAAUCAAAAGUUGACCCUAAGCUAUUGUUUAAUAUUUUAGUUAUACAUACAUAUAUAUAUAUAUAUACAUAUAUAUAUGAAAGCUGAGGGAUUGCUCAACUCAUGGCUUUCUUGUUGAACCAAAACUAUGCGCAUAAGUUGAACAUUUUAAUUGGUAAGUGUAUUUUUAGUAUGUCUUACUUCCUAGUAAUCAAGUAUCCUAGCUAUUAUUGACUCAUCCACUUCCAUUGCCCACGCUUCCGUUUCCUUUGCCGCAUAUACGUAUACGAAUUUUACAAGAGUUUACUCCAUUCAAUAGCUUGACUCCUUCCCACAGACGCAUUCAAUUCGAAUAAGUUUGCAUUUAAGUAGGUUUUUGAUCAAUUUUAUUUGUGAAAGCUUUAAAUGUGCCCUACAGUUAAUUAAGCAUACAUAUACACUCAUACGUAUGCAAGUAUGUAUGUGUGUCUCCUUUAGAAUAUUUAAGAACUGGUGUGAGAUUUGGCAGCCUCGCUUAGAACACUUCUUUACGCAACAGUUGGCCAGAAUUUCCAUAGAAAAUAAAUUAGAAGAUUCUUCACAUUAAGCUCACAUUUAUUUAUUUUUGACACACGCAAGCGACAUUUCCAAACCAGAUUCUAUACCAACUGUGGCCAAAUUUCACAUCCGAAAUAUGUUAAGAACAUGUUCGUAAUAAAGGUAAAAAUAGAAUGAAAAAAAACAGCAAAAAA